AUGGGCACCUUCCUCGGCGGCCUGCUCACAAUAAUAAUGGUCAGAUACGUCCCUGCAGGUGCAUCAACCAACAAUCUCCUGGGCGUCCUGCAAGCAUUCUCGGCUGGUGUAAUGCUAUACAUGACAUUUAUCGACCUCCUGCCUGAAGCUAAGGAAUCUGUCGGUGGACGGGAAUGCAUGCUCUGGUUUUUCGGUGGUGUCGUCGUAUUCGGCGUACUGGAGACGCUUAUAUUGCCUGCUGCUGAAGGCGGAGAUCACCAUAAUCAUGCUGUAAAUGGGGAUUCGCACCAUGUCGAACAUGUAGAGACUACAACUAUAAAGACACCAGAAACAACACGUAAGCGACGUAGUAAUGCUACUGCUGCUUCGCCAACACCUACCCGUGCACGCAAACCAGCAGCACCAGUGGCAAACGAACGUCAAGCAACAGAGAGAAAGCAACUGUUACGGACAUCACUUGUGACAUUUGUUGCUAUGGGACUACAUAAUCUGCCGGAAGGAUUGAGUGUGUAUUUAGGUGCGCUGGCGGAUCCACGGUUGGGGUUACAGUUAGCUGCUGCCAUUUGUCUGCACAACAUUCCAGAAGGAAUGGCAGUCGCAAUCCCGCUCUGGGCCGCAACGAAAUCCAACUACCACGUCCUCUACAUGACGCUCAUAAACGGCCUAAUGGAACCCCUGGGAGUCCUCCUGGGCGGCUUUUUUCUGAAAAACUAUCUUACUCAAUCCCUCCUAUCGAAAUCACUCGCUGCUGUAGCUGGUAUCAUGGCAUGCAUAUCAAUCCACGAAUUGUUUCCAACGGCGGUCACGUAUGCCGGUAAAGAACGGGCUAGUUUUGCGCUGUUUUUGGGUAUGGCGGUGUGUUUUGUUGCGCUGGAGGGGGUGGAUGUUAUCAUGAGUUGA